GAGGAGGAGGACGACACCGAGGCCAGGCCGAGCGACCACCCCUUCGCGAGCGCCGCCGCCGCCGCGCCCCGUUGGGGGGUGGAGGCCCCGCGCCAUGGCUGGACGCUGCCGCCGCCGCCGCCGCCGGCUUUCAAUCUGAAAUAGCAGAACACCUGAACAGUACCUCAAAUUUAUUGGAAAGAAGAGUCUGUUGAUAGCAGAAGAUCAAUAUAGACUGUAGUUGCUAUCAGUAUGUGCAUGAUGCGUCACAGAAUGUGAAUGGAAUUUGACAAACCUGGACCAGAUCUUUACAUAAUAUACUGUGCGACACAGGAUUGAAAGCAAGGGCGCGGACCUUGCCUCUUAACCUGGCUCUGUCAUGAAAGAACAAUUCUGCGACCCCUAGGCUGUUUUAUGGAUGUUAUAGGAAGCUGCCGAUCAUCUCCGCCAUGCUUAAAGACAGAGCUACAAGCAGAGAGGAGGAGGAUGAAGAGACUCAGCACAGCCUCGAAUGCAUCCAAGCUAAUCAGAUCUUCCCCAGAAAGCAGCUGAUCCGUGAGGAUGAGGAUCUUCAGGUCCCAUUCCCUGAACUUCAUGGAGAGAGCACAGAGUAUGUAGGCCGCGCGGAGGAUGCCAUCGUAGCACUUUCCAACUACAGGUUUCACAUCAAAUUUAAGGAGUCCACUGUGAACAGUGUCCAUAAAUAUGCUGCUUAUGAGAUCUCAGUUCCAUUACAGCUUAUAGAAAGUGUUGAAUGCCGAGAUAUAUUUCAGCUUCACUUGACUUGUAAAGACUGCAAAAUUACCAGGUGUCAGUUCUCUACCUUUGAGCAGUGUCAGGAAUGGCUUAAGCGACUGAACAAUGCCAUCCGCCCUCCUGCAAAGAUAGAGGACCUCUUUUCAUUUGCUUACCAUGCCUGGUGUAUGGAGGUGUAUGCUAGUGAAAAAGAGCAGCAUGGAGAUCUGUGCCGGCCAGGAGAACACGUCACUUCAAGGUUUAAAAAUGAGGUGGAGCGGAUGGGUUUUGAUAUGAACAACGCCUGGAGGAUCUCCAAUAUCAAUGAGAAGUACAAGCUCUGUAGCAGCUAUCCCCAAGAGCUCCUCGUUCCUGCCUGGAUCACAGACAAAGAACUGGAGAGUGUGGCAGGCUUCCGAUCUUGGAAACGCAUCCCUGCCGUGGUUUAUAGGCACCAGAGCAAUGGGGCAGUAAUUUCGCGUUGUGGGCAGCCCGAGGUCAGCUGGUGGGGCUGGAGGAAUGCUGAUGAUGAACAUCUCGUCCAGUCAGUGGCCAAAGCGUGCGCUUCAGAUUCAAAGUCUAACACCAGUAAACUAGUAAAUGGAAACUGUUCAAGGGACUUCUCCAAUGGAGGGGACUUCUCUGAUGUGGAAUUUGAUUCUUCCAUUUCCAAUGCAUCAGGGGCAGAAAGUUUAGCCAUCCAGCCCCAGAAACUUCUGAUCUUAGACGCACGUUCCUACACAGCUGCAGUAGCAAACAGGGCCAAAGGAGGAGGCUGUGAAUGCCCAGAGUAUUAUCCAAACUGUGAAGUCAUGUUCAUGGGAAUGGCAAACAUCCACUCUAUUCGAAAGAGCUUUCAGUCACUGCGGCUGCUCUGCACGCAAAUGCCAGACCCAGGAAACUGGCUGUCAGCACUGGAAAGCACCAGGUGGCUGCAGCAUCUGUCCGUGCUUCUGAAAUCGGCACUGCUGGUGGUUCAUGCGGUGGACAGAGACCAGCGACCCGUCCUAGUCCAUUGCUCGGAUGGCUGGGACCGGACUCCACAGAUAGUGGCUCUGGCCAAGCUGCUGCUGGAUCCGUAUUACAGGACCAUUGAGGGUUUCCAGGUGCUAGUGGAGAUCGAGUGGCUGGAUUUUGGCCAUAAAUUUGCCGAUCGUUGUGGCCACGGUGAGAAUUCGGACGACCUGAAUGAACGCUGCCCCGUGUUUUUGCAGUGGCUCGAUUGUGUCCAUCAGCUCCAGAGGCAAUUCCCCUGCUCUUUCGAGUUUAACGAAGCAUUCCUUGUCAAGCUGGUGCAGCACACCUACUCUUGCCUCUUUGGUACGUUCCUGUGCAACAAUGCAAAGGAGAGGGGUGAAAAGCACACCCAAGAAAGGACCUGUUCCGUUUGGUCUCUACUUCGAGCAGGAAACAAAGCCUUCAAAAAUCUGCUUUACUCCUCCCAGUCAGAAUCUGUGCUGUAUCCCGUGUGCCACGUGCGAAACCUGAUGCUCUGGAGUGCUGUUUACUUGCCAUGCUCUUCCCCAUCAACUCCUGCAGAUGACACCUGUGCUCCUUACCCAGUCCCUGGUUCCAGCCCUGAAGAUCAGCCUCUGGGCAGGCUACCAAAGACAAGGUCAUUUGACAAUCUGACAACAGCCUGUGACAGCAGCGUACCGACAACCAACCGGCGCAGCAGCGAUCCCAGCCUCAAUGAGAAGUGGCAGGAGCACCGCCGCUCCCUGGAGCUGAGCAGCCUCGGGAACCCGGGGGAGGAUCCCUUUGAGGGGGACGGCCUCGGCAGGCAGGGCAGACCUCUGGCGGGAGCAGAGCUCUCUGUCGCUGUGGCCGAGGGGCAGAUGGAGAACAUCUUGCAGGAGGCCACCAAGGAGGAAGGGGGCCUGGAGGAGUGCGCAAAGUGUGCUCAGGAAGGGCAAGAAGGCGCUGCCCCGGGGAAGGAAUGGGCAGAACCCCUGGGUGGCUCUGACGGCAACGUCUGCAGCAGGGCUGAACUGGAGGCAGAGUCUGCGCCGGACAAUCCCGUGUCCAACCAGCAGGUGGAUUUACAGGGUGCUUCUGAGCUUCAGGGGCAACAGGACCAGCCGAAGGCUCUCUGUUCUGCUGUCCAGAAGCCAUCUCAGGUGACGGACCUGCAGCCUGGCUUUUUGGGUGAUGCUGUAAAUAGUGACAUUCAAAGACUAGAGGAAGACACUGUUAGUCGGCCUCCAGUAGAAGUUGAAAACCUGCAUGGUACCCCCCAGUCCAGCCCACCGUUGCCUCUCCUGCAUGAGGCAGGAACGUCAAACAUGGAGAGCUCUACCGAAACCCUAACAGAGACUGGGGCCAAGACGGAGCUGACCCAUCAGCUUCACCCCACAGAGAUCAGUGCUGAUGGGCUUCCCCAAAUUGUUGAGCAUAGGCCUGAGACGGAGGACUCCACGGAGCUACACAAAAUGGUCGCCGGCCUCAGCAGGACUCCUAAGAGCAGCAGCGUACCUGACCAGAUGCCUUCACCUCGUGCCUUGCCGUUAGCAGACUACAAAGAGACUGUGUGUAACGGAGAGCCAGAGCCUGAGAACAAGCUGACUGGGCAUCCUGCAGGGCUCCGCACGACUCAGAAAUACGCUCCGCCGGACGGGCACUGCCUGAAUGGAGAGGAAGGCAGGACGAAGGCUCCCCUCAGCCGGCAGAUCUCCGCUGCCAGCUGCAGCUCGGUUCCGCUGCAUCUGCGGAGCCUGCACCACAAGUGGGUUCACUCGGUUCCCGGCCGGCAGCAGAUGGCAAACAGCCCGGAUCAGCCUGCCCGGAGCCACCUGGAUGAUGAUGGGAUGCCGGUCUAUGCCGAUGUCAUUCAGCAGCGCCUCCGCCAGAUUGAAAGCGGGCACCAGCAGGAGGUGGAGACCUUAAAGAAGCAGGUGCAGGAGCUGAAGAGCCGCUUGGAGAGCCAGUACUUGAACAGCUCGCUGCGUUUCAAUGGGGAUUAUGGGGACGAAGUGACUUCAAUUCCUGACUCGGAAAGCAAUCUGGAUCAGAACUGUUUGUCUCGCUGCAGUACAGAGAUUUUCUCUGAAGCCAGCUGGGAGCAGGUGGAUAAACAGGACACAGAGGUGACCCGGUGGCUUCCUGAUCACCUGGCUGCGCACUGUUAUGGCUGCGAUAGCGUGUUCUGGCUUGUCAGCAGGAGACAUCAUUGCAGGGACCCUGAACAUGUUGAUCAGACUUGGAAUUGUGGGAAUGUGUUUUGCUCCAGCUGCUGUAACCAGAAGGUUCCGGUCCCCAGCCAGCAGCUUUUUGAACCCAGCCGAGUCUGCAAAUCCUGCUACAGCAGCUUGCAUCCCAGCAGCUCCAGCCUUGACCUUGAAUUGGACAAACCCAUUGCUGCCACUUCAAACUGAGACUCCAGCCUGAAAGGAAAGCUGACAAGAGACCAUGCUGCCUCUCCUGCUUAUGCAGACACGCACAGUCUCAGUGGGCUGAAGCUGGUCGGGCUGGAGAAGCCACGCACUUUGGAGUCUUUGGAGUGGAGAGUACAGAUGACUGCUUAGAGGGACCGGAUGUUGGGCAUAUACCAGUGAAGUGCAGAGACCCUUGUUUUCCAGCUGUUACUCCCCAGUUCCUUUUCAUCCUCGUAAAUUUUGUGUGGAUUUUAUUGGAAGACUGUGAAAAGGGGGGUCAGGCUGGAAUUUGAUUUCCUACAGGCGUUUCAUCUGCCCUGUUGUUGGAAUGUGCUGCAGGCAGAGGGAUUGGUCCAGAGACAUUGUGAAUACUUGUAGCAUCAAUGCUAGUGCUUUCAGUCACUCCUGAUACUUCCUGACAGCAAACUGCUGCUCGGAAGUUGUUGCUGCUAGAAGAAAUGGAAGCUGCCUUUUUGAUGAACUCUCUCUCUCCCUCUCUGUUCUUAGAGCGGGCUUAGUUUUUCUUGCUGCACAAAUGGGAUGGGGGAAGUGGCUGCAGAUCUCCACACUGGGCAGUUCUUUGCCACUGUUGGUCAACUUGUGGCUCGGAGUGGGAAAGGCCUGGAAUGCUUUGGCUAAAGAAAGUGUGUGCUAGUUUGAGGGAAGUGAGAGGAGAAGGGAGCAGACAGGCUGCCUGUUCAGUUGUUUUUAAGCUGGCACUUCAGUGGAAGGUUCUGCACAUGCAGCUUGCUACAAAGGAACUGGUAUCUGGGCUUGUCAGUAGCUUUUAAAAUGUCUAAGGUUGUCCCGUUUUUAAAAUAGGUUACUCAGAAGGCAGAGUUGCUUCACUGCAAUUGACAGGCUGUUGGCAAUGUCAGGCAACAGGAUGCUUUUGGCCAGGGUUGCCCAUUCUCAAAGAGUGCCCCAAAGCAAAUGUGGGGUAGAUUUUUUCAUGCAAAGAGGGGGCGUCCACUCAUCAGUAAGAGCUUGCUGCUGCCUAAAGUAGGGAGAAAUUCUCUCCUUCCCCUGCAGAAAUCUCUUCUGUAAGAAUAUGAUACAGUCAAAACAAAUUCCAAACUUUUCCCUUAUAUUAAAAAAGUUUUAAAAUGUUGGCCUAUAUAGAUGUGAGUCAUAGUAUCAUUUUAGCUUUUAUUCCCUCUCCCCACCCCCAGCUUUGAAAUAUGCUCUGCCUAAAGUUGGAGGAGGAUGAAUUGCAAUUCCUGUUUUAUACCAUGUGGAUACCUAGGCUGAGCUAAAGCAGGUCCUGCCUAACUAUCCACCCAAAUAGUCCUGGGACUCCAUCUUCUGCACACACGUGUUCUGUCCUGAAGACGUUUCCUUCCCUGGACUCCAGCUACCAUCACCACCACCACCACCACUGCUGCAUGUCUCGUCCAUGUCACCAGCCCACGAUUUAGGGUUAGUAUGCAUUCUUGCCACCCAUGUUGUUCUCACACACAGUGUCACUGGCUUUCACAGCAGAGCCAAAGACUACCGCAAAUGCACAGCAUUGGUGUGAAUCCUCUCCUUGGCUUGCCAAAGCCUCUCAGAGUGAAGCUGCGUGUGAAUUGGAGGGACAUGGAGAUAGAGACAUCAUACUGGGGUCAUUUCAAGCAGUAGCAGUGGAAUAAGUGAUCCAGUCUUUUAAAAAAAGAGAGGAAAUGUAAAAGCGUUGUCUUCUGAAGCAAAUUUUAUAAAGCUCUGAGCAACACCUGAUAGAUCCAGAGAGAAAAGAUGUAUGUCCGUAUUUAGUUUUGGAUGCCUGGUUUUUCCAUGUUCUUUGUGAAAGGUGCAGGGGUUGGCUUCGAACACAAAAAUGCAAAGAAAGAGUGUAGGAAUCAAAAUCAGGGAUCCACGAGGUGUAUGUAAGAAGGCUCUCUGGACCUUUAAAGCAGCCAAGGAUAUGACUUCUUGGCACUCCUUAUUUUCUUUCAACAGGGAUAAGCAAUGCACAAAAAUAAUUCCAAUCCAGUUUUUUAAUAUGAAAUGAAAUUGUUUUGGGGAAGUAGGCAGCAGAUAUAAAUAGUAUUCCUGUAGAGGUUACAGUACCAGGUAUAGUAGAGAAAGUUGGAACAGGAAAUGGAAACUGAGCUAUACCCAUUAAAGUGGGUGAGUAGAGACAUGCUUUUGGAAGGAAAACGGUCUUGUGUUAACACACGGUGCCAGUGUGCUUUUAUGGUACAAAUGGAUGGUGAAAGCAAGGUCUAAUAUUUUGCAUAAUGACAGGUGCCAAGAGGUUCUGAUACGGGUUUGGGGGGUCUGUGAUGUACAGUGUGAAUAAACGCUUGCAGCUCUUA